ACAACAUGAUUGCAGUGGGCUGCACUUACUCACACAUGCGCUGCGUGCCUUCUCGACCUGGGAGACUUCAGGCGCUGCUGCGGCCUUUGCCUCGCCUCCGGCCCCGCCCCCGUGCCCCCGGCGCUUCCGGCGCUGCCGGCGCAAGCGGCGCACGUGCAGCGGCAGGGCUCGCGGCAGCGCUUGUGCGCAUGGCUCAGCCGCGAGCUGCCGCGGCCCGCGCUUCGUCUUCUUCGGCUUCGGAGGACGUGGUGGUCUUCAGCCGCCCGGGCUGCGCCUUCUGCGCGCGCGCCAAGGCGCUGCUGACGAAGCGCCGGGUGCCUUUCGGCGUGGUGGACGUCGCGGCGGAGGAGCGCCGGGAGGAGGCCCAGCGGCGCUCCGGCGCCACGACGCUGCCGCAGGUCUUCGUGGGCAGCCGAUCCGUGGGAGGCUUCGAUGCACUGCAGCGCCUGGACGAGGAGGGCCGCCUCGAAAAGGCGCUGCGGCGCCAGUCAGAGGAUGGCGACCUGAUAGCGCCCACUCCACCGGAGAAAAUGGUGGCAGCAGCAGUGCCUGAGGCCAUCCGCCAACAGCUGCUUCCUCGGGUGGAGGCCAUGAGCAAGUUGCAGUACCAGGCCGGCAGCAAGCCGACGCUCCUGGGCUUCUUGCGCUAUGCAGUGACGCGCAGCCCUAAACAGGAUCAGAGCAAAAACGUGCCACUGAACCUGGCGGUGAUGUUGACUCACAGCUGGCCGCUGAAAAGGAACAACGCCUGGUUUGGUGCUGCCCGUCUCCUUUUCCACAGGAACUCACAGCCGGGACCCCAUGGGAUCGACAGCCAGCAGGUGGCGCUUGCGGCUCAGGCCCUGCUGCGGCAGUCCAUGUUGCAGCUGCUGGACAAUUUUUCAGACCCCGACAGUGGUGACGUGGACUACCUGGCCAUGCGCCGAUCUACAGAGUGGAGCCUCUUCCGCGCCCUGGCGGCGGAGUUGGGUCAGCCACGGCUGCAGCCGCAGCUGGCAGCCAUGCCAGAGGAAGACCGCAAGGCAUUUUUCAUCAAUCUCUACAAUGCCAUGACCUUCCAUGGUGUUGCCACCUUUGGCCGGCGUUCUGGCUGGUGGUAUUUGUACUGCUUUUUCAUCACGCCUGCGGUCUCGUACCGCAUUGCUGGAGUUCAGAUGAGUCUGGAUGACAUCGAGCACGGUCUUCUCAGGGCCAAGCCUGGCUAUUUCGAGGCGG